CUUCAAUCACGACUAUCUCCUUUACUUUUACCUAUCUACAUGCGAGAUGAUUUAGUUCGAGAAGAAAUUCGUAGAGAAUUUAAUAUUUUAUCAGUAUUCAGUACCUAUACGAGAAGUCAAGUCGUAAGUCUACUAGAUCAACUGUGGUAAAAUAAGGUAGAAGUACUACAUCCAACACUGUAAUCGAUCUCUCUUGAAAAUAUCCAAACAUGUCCACCGAAUGUGCCAGAAAACAGACGCAUCAACCUGCAGAAGGCGAAGCUCGCCAACCCCAAUCCAGCUGUCCAAUCAAAAAGAAAAAAUACCGUCGUAGAUUAUUCAUAGGAGAAGGCGAUUUCGGCUACACCGAAGGACUACUCAAUAAACACCUCGAUAAACACAAAGACCUUGCCAAAUACAUCGUCGCCUGUGAACUUUACGACACACCAGUAUGGGGUGCUGAGUCAGACAUAAUCGACGAACGAAUCAAACGAAUUAAUUCGUUGAAAGAACGAGGAGUAACGGUACAUUUCGGAAUAGAUGGCAGAGAACUUCAUAGAAACCCGAAACUCAAAGGCGAAAGAUUCCAACGCAUACAAUGGAAUUGUCCCUACCUUUUACCAGGCACUAGCGAGAAUGAAUUCCAACAGGUGAUCGUCGAUUUCUUCUACUCUUGCGAGAAAAUCCAAUUAAAAGGAGAUAGAAUACAUAUCACUUUGAUACAAGGGUUAGAAGAUGAGGAUUGGCGUGAUCGUAGACAAUACGAACAUAAUCUGGUGAAAGGAUCUAUGCAGUUUGGGUACAAGUUGAUAAGGAAAAGAAGGUUUGGAAAAGAUCGGUAUCCUGGUUACCAGCAUAGGAAAGGUGAAAAUCUCGAAAAACUUAAUGUACCAGGGGUACAUAGGGAAUUUGUGUUUGAGAAAGAUCCUACUUUUUCUGUCAUCGUUAACUCGGUUCCUUUGAAGAUGUCCAACGAUAAGAAAACCUACCGGAUUGAUAUUAAUAAGAAAAAUGGUGCGAAAACAUUCAGACCAGAUCUUGGUGAUUGCUAUUUUGUGUGUAGUACGGAUGACGAUUCGUCAGAUUAUUGUUCGUCUGAUGAGUGAGAAGAAAGUCGAUGCAAGAUGUCGCUUUGUAAUAUUCAAUAUAGAUAUUAUAUUUAUAUUAGUGAUUAAGUAGGUAGAUGUUUAUCUAGAAUAUUUGCGCAUGUAUUUUUUUUUUUUGAAGGAUUGUGUUAUGAUAAUUGCAUUAUUGAACAAUAAAAUGUCAUUUUAUUUCUCA